AUGGAAUGGAUUCCCAUAAAACCUGAUGAUCAAUACUGCUAUUACGCACACUUUGCUGAGAUCCAAGACUUGCAGGCCAAUGAAACUAGGGAAUUCAACGUGCUAUGGAAUGGAGUACAGCAGUCUGGCCCAUUUAUUCCAAGAAUGCGAAUCAUAGAUACUAUCUCUAGCAUGUCACCGCAAAUUUGCAGUGGCGGGAAAUGCAUUUUCCAGUUGAUAAGAACCAAUAGAUCAACUCUUCCACCUCUACUUAAUGCUUUGGAAGUCUACACAGUUGUUCAGUUUCCAACGUCUGAAACAGAUGAAAGCGAUGUGGGUGCUAUUAAAAACAUAGCAGCCACCUAUGCAUUGAAUCGAAUCAGCUGGCAAGGUGAUCCAUGCGUCCCUCAACAGUUUAGGUGGGACGGUUUAAACUGCAACAACACGGAUAUGUCCAUGCCCCCAAGAAUCACUACUUUGUAA